AUGGGGUUACCGGUUGCAAAUGCUCUUUUGGGAAAAUUAGGUCUAGGAUCUCCAAAACUUAUUUUUGGAGUAGAUUUCACCAAGAGUAAUGAAUGGACAGGCAAAUAUUCAUCUGCCAAACAGAGCCUGCAUGCCGUUGGUGGUACACCUAAUCCAUAUUGCACAACCAUUUCUAUUAUUGGAAGAACUUUUGCUUUCUUGGAUAAAGACAAUUUAAUUCCUUGUUUUGGCUUUGGUAAUGCCACUACAGAAGACAAAGGAGUGUUUAGCUUCCAUACUGAUUGUUCUCCUUGCCAAGGAUAUGAAGGAGCAUUAAUCUGCUACAACAGUAUAGUUCCACAUGUAGUUUUGGCAGGGCCAACAUCUUAUGCACCCGUAGUUGAUGCUGCAAUAAGCGUAGUGGAGAAAAGUGGGGGACGAUUCCAUGUUUUGGUUAUUAUAACAGAUGGCCAGGUUACGAGAAGUGUCGAUGCAAGUGAUGAGGAACUCAGCCCACAAGAAAAGGAAACUAUUAACGCAAUUGUUAAUGCCAGUUUGUAUCCUCUCUCGAUUCUUGUUGUUGGCGUUGGGGAUGGACCCUGGGAAGGCAUGAACAAAUUUAUCGACAAGAUACCUGCUCGCAGAUUCAACAAUUAUGAGUUCGUUAAUUUUACUGAUAUUAUGUCGAAAGAAUCAACUCCCUCCAAGAAAGAAAUUGCAUUUGCUCUCGCUGCGCUAAAGGGGAUCCCUAACCAGAAGAACACAGCUUCUGAACUUGGUCUACUAGGAUGUGUGACGGGAAAAGCAAAGAUGAUAUAUCCACGCCCUCCUACAGUUCCUUACACUAAUUGUCCAGCAUUUUCAGUUGCGGAAUCGAGCAGCCGUUCAACAGCUACUCCAGAUGAACGAAAUUGGCUCUGCCCAAUUUGCUGGUCCAAGUGCAAGGAUAUGGCCUUCGGUUGUGGACACAUGACUUGUAAAGAAUGUGAUCCAGAGUUGAUUAGAUGUCCCAUAUGCCGCAAGCCGAUUGAUAGCCGUGUCAGGGUUUACCCUUGA